GGCUAUAAGGAGGCCGGCGCGACGGGAGGGGCCCCCAGAGCACGCCCCGCCAGCGCCAUGCUCAGCGCCCAAGAGCGCGCCCAGGUCGCGCAGGUAUGGGACCUCAUCGCCGGCCACGAGGAGUCCUUUGGGGCGGAGCUGCUGCUCAGGCUCUUCACGGUCUACCCCAGCACCAAGGUCUACUUCAAGCACCUGGGCUUCUGCCCUGACGAGACUCAGCUGCUGACCCACGGACAACGCAUGCUCGAGGCGGUCGGCGUGGCUGUGCGACACAUGGACAACCUGCGCGCCGCCCUGAGUCCGCUCGCCGACCUGCACGCGCAAGUGCUCCGCGUGGACCCCUCCAACUUCCCUCUGCUGAUCCAGUGUUUCCAGGUGGUGCUGGCCUCCCACCUGCAGGGCGAGUUCACCGUAGAGAUGCAGGCGGCGUGGGAUAAAUUCUUGACAGGAGUGUCGGUGGUGCUAACCGAGAAGUAUCGCUGAGUCCCCCGCCCCGCGGGCUCCCGUCUCUGCGUGUCAAUAAAUACGCUCCAACGGA